AUGGCCGACGACAGCAGCAACAACAAGACGCCGCCAACCUCCAUCUAUGACGAAAAGCCCGUCUACACGACAUCCAAUGGCGCUCCCGUCGCCAAUCCGACGGCCUUCCAGCGUGUCGGUCAGAUGGGUCCUCUCCUCCUCCAGGACUUCCACUUGAUCGACCUCCUCGCUCACUUCGACCGCGAGCGCAUCCCCGAGCGAGUCGUCCAUGCCAAGGGCGCUGGCGCCUACGGCUUCUUUGAGGUGACGGAUGACAUCAGCGACAUUUGCUCUGUUGAUGCUUUCACCGGCGUAGGAAAGAAGACGCCUCUCGUCACCCGCUUCUCCACCGUCGGCGGCGAGAAGGGGUCGGCCGAUACAGCGCGUGAUCCCAGAGGGUUCGCCGUCAAGCUGUAUACCCAGGAAGGCAACCUGGACCUCGUCAUGAACAACACACCCAUCUUCUUCCUGCGUGAUCCCACCAACUUUCCUCUCUUCAUCCACACGCAGAAGCGCAACCCGCAGACGAACCUCAAGGAUGCAACCAUGUCUGGACUACAUCGCCAACCACCAAGAGUGCGUGCACCAGGUCAUGCACUCUUCUCGACCGCGGCACGCCGUACUCGUACCGCCACAUGA